UCCGUGCAAACAUGGCUGCGCACAUACAGCAAGUGCUAUGUAGCCGCUUCUGUUAAGACUCGGUUAUUACGAUUUAAACAUGGAAGAGGAGUGGGAGGAAGAGGAGCAACUCGUUGUGGUCGAGCUGUCAGGAAUUAUAGAUUCUGACUUCUUAACGAAAUGUCAAGGGAAAGUUAAAAUUGUGGGAAUAGACACCGAACAACCUAUAAUGCAAGUGGGAAGAUAUGUAUUUGCUGGAGAAUAUGAAGAUGUCCUCGGUACUUGUGUAAUCUUUGAAGAGAACCAUGGGAGCGAUGCCAGACCUCAGCUCAGGUACAGGUGCCACACCGUGAAGAAGCUGAUGAUGCAGCGCACCUUCCUCACAGAGAAGAAGGAAGGAGAGCCCAGCUCAGGGCGCAUUGAAUUCCUGCCGCUGAAUGAUGGAGCUUUCCCCGGCCGAAACAACAUGAUCUGCAACUUCCUGCAGGACCCCAGCGGGACAGCGGGGCAGUCCUGUGUCAUGAGCGAAAAGGGAGAUGCGGAAAUUCCCCACAAGUCGGAGUCAGAGGCAGAAGCAGAGGCCAGUGACUGUGAGCAGGCUGAGCUCAGUCAGGACUCUGCGAGAGUGGACUUCCCCCAGAGCAGCUCAGCCUCCCAGGGCGCUGAGGACAGCCUGGACACCACAGACAGCAGUGCCGUUCCAGGUCCAUGAUCAUGUGACAAACCUGAGGAAGUUAAAGGCCAGAGAAGAGAAGCCAGUCAGUGCUGUCACAAAGUGACUCUGUCAGAUGCUUCAUAAAAAUGUGAAGUGAGUUUUGUUAGCAUGUGUCUUUAACUUGAAAUGAUUGU